AUGGUCGGCGAGAGGUCGACCGCUGCUUUAAGAGUCAGUCGUUUACUCGAAGCAAGCUACAGAAAAGGCCGUCGUUGUUUGACUUGUUACCGUCGACGACGACUUACUCGGAAAAUCAUCAAAGGAGCAGACGUAAUCAGCUCUUUACCUGAUGUGAUACUCCAACAUAUACUUUGCUUCAUUCCAACCAAGUUCGCCAUCAAAACUAGUCUUCUCUCAAAACGAUGGAGGCAUGUAUGGUGCGACGUACCUUCUCUCUAUUUCGAACAAUACAAACUUACUGAUGAAGAUUCUAUUGACAAAACCCUAAGUUACCACACUGCUCCCAAGAUGUUAAACUUUCACCUCCGUACCAGAACUGGUCGCAUAGACAAGUGGAUCAAGUUCGCCAUCUCCCGCAACGUGGAGAAUCUGUCCUUGGAAGUCGGGAAUCAUGAGUGUCCUAUUCCUGAUUUCUUCUUCAUCAAUACCUCUGUGAAGCAACUCAAGUUUAAUUUAUCCUUCACUGACUUAACUCCCAAAGACUUUGUGGUCUGGACAUCGUUGAGGAAGUUGCAUUUGGGUUCUUGUAGAGUGUCGGAUGAAUCCAUUGCUAAGAUUCUAUCUGGUUGUCCAGUUCUUGAAAGCUUAACAUUGUAUUUUUGCGAUCAACCAACGGUUCUUGAUCUCAGCAAAUCAUUGGGUUUGACAAAACUAGACGUAGACCGCCACAUUCUGGUUCCCGGGCCAACGCAGAUUAUAGCACCACAUGUCCAUACUCUCAAAUUAAGAAACUCUUUGUUACCGUGUACUUUAGUUGAUGUCUCGUCUUUAACCGAAGCGAAAAUGGACAUUUGCUUCCACUAUGUGCAUAGGAUGGUCACUGCUGAUGUUCUUCAAGUAAUGGUGCUAAAGAUGCUAGAAAAGUUACAGAACACGGAGAAGCUUACUUUUGGUGGAAACUUUCUUCAGGUUUUAUCUCUAGCCGAGCUUUGUGGUGUUCCUUUUCCGAUGUUGAAGGUCAAAUAUUUGGCUCUCGAGACAGUGAUCUUUCAGGAUAUCAUUCCUGGUAUCGAAAGGCUGUUACAAAACUCACCUUGUUUAAAGAAGCUAAUCGUACGCCCAAGGGAUUGCAACAACAUACCGCAGGACGUAGACGAGUACCUAAUUACGCGAGGCUUGAAUACUGAUCAAUGCUGGAGAUCAAAAGAUGGAGUCUUCUGGAACAAGAACAGUUGGGAUUUAGAGUCAAAGCAUAUAACUUCAUUCGUCGAACUUGUGGUUAAAAACGCAAAGACACUAGAAAAGAUGGACAUACUGUUGAACGAACGUCACCUUAAGUAUAAGUUUACGGAUUUGGUCCUUCCAACACUUGCUCAUCAUAACAAAAACGUCUCCAUCAAUGUUGCUCUCUCAACCAAACUGUGGAGAUCAUAUGAAUGGUGUGAAUAA